UCAGUCGCCACGAGCAAAUCAACCACAGAGCAUCUAGACGCGUUUCAUGCAAUCGAAGCAUAAAGUGAAAUUCGCAUUUUCAAAUCGAAUAACAAAAAAUAUAUAAAAAAAUGUUGAAGACUUUGUGCUAUGUGAUGAUGUUUAUCGGGCUACUUGAACUGUCGCAGGCGCAACGGCCAUCAUUUGCUGGAGUGCGUCCGCCUGGCGGACUCAGCCAGUUGGACAAAUACCAUGCAACACAAAAUACGGCCGUAGAAAAUAUAACUGGUGUGGACAUUGCCACUCGAUUUGGCGCAGAUGCUGUGCCUCAACCGGCGCAAUCAAUUAACUUGCCCUAUGGCGCUUCCCAAAAGCCGCCAAUGGGUGUGCCUCUGGUGUAUCCCAUCGGCAGCAAUGUGCCCGCUGUGCCAUUCACCACAUCAAAUGCACCCGUUGACUUUCCGAGUCGCUUUGGUGGCACAAAUAACAAUGUCAUCCCUAUCAGUAGUAGUGUCAGCAGCAGUGUCAGCAGCAGUGUCAGCAGCGACAGCAGUGUCAGCAGCGGCAGCAGCAACAGCGGCAACAGCAACAGCGGCAGCAGCAACAGCGGCAGCGGCAGCAGCAGCAGCUGGAGCAGCAACCGCAAUCCGGUCACUUCGAAUGCAUUGCCCAUCGAUGCGCAUGGGGAUCAGAACUAUGUCGAUCAUCUAAGUCAAUUGCCUUUGGACAAUCAGCCAUUCUGGUUUAUCAACUAUCAGGCCAUCGAAGCGCUGAGAAAUAAUUCGAGGCCAAAUGUUGGUGCGCUCGAGACUCGGGGAUCUUUCUUUGCUGGGUAAACCUUGCUGCCCAGCCUAAAAAGCAAUACUCAUUAUAUUGCACAUAAAUAAAUAAAUAAAUACAUACAUACAUAUAAGCAGUAGACCGUAAACAAUUAUUAUGAAAACAAUAUAAUCUCGAAAACCAGAGGAAAUACCUGAAACGUGAGGCAUGAAAUGUGAUAUUUCAUGCGCUGAGAUUUCAAUAGUAAUUCGGUGCUUAAUUAAGUUAUAGUAUAAUACUGUAAUUAAAUUACUCAUUGUAUUUAAAUCAA